CAUUGCUGUGCUCUUGGAAGCAUAGUGCAAAAGCAAGCUUUGCCCUUCUGUACCGAAACUCCUCCACGUGACAAGUUAAGAGUUACGAAGCGAUCAAGAUGGCUGACGAGUACGGCCGCAGCGGCUACGGCAGGUCCGGCGCCGGCGAUGACUACGACAGCGGCUACAACAAGUCCGGAGGCGCCGACGAGUACGGCCGCGGAGAAGGUGGCUACAACAAGUCAAGCACCGACGAAUACGGCAGCGGGUACAACAAGUCCAGCGGCGACGACUACGGCCGCAGCGGCGGCGAUGGGUACGACAGGUCCGGCACUGGCGAGUACGGCCGCGGCGGCGGCGGCGGGUACAACAAGUCCGGCACGGACGACUACGACAGCGGCUACAACAGGUCUGGUACCGACGACUACGACCGCAGCGGUGGCGGGUACAAGAAGUCCUCCGGCGACGACGCGUACGGCAGCGGCGCCGGGUACAACAAGUCUGGAGGCGCCGACGACGAGUACGGCUCCUCCCGCGACGAGUCGGAGAAGUACAAGAAGGAGGCUAAGGAGCACAAGCACAAGGAGCACCUCGGCGAGAUGGGCGCCGUCGCCGCCGGCGCCUUCGCCCUGUACGAGAGGCACGAGGCGAAGAAGGACCCGGAGCACGCGCAGCGGCACAAGAUCGAGGAGGGCGUGGCGGCGGUGGCGGCCCUGGGUGGCGGCGGGUUCGCGUUCCACGAGCACCACGACAAGAAGGAGGCCAAGGACGCCGCGAAGGACGCCGAGGAGGAGGCGUCCGGCCGCGGCGAGGGGAAGAAGAAGCACCACUUCUUCGGCUGAUCGAGCCACGCCUCGCGCUUAAUUCUGCCGCAGCAUGCAGCUGGUGAUCAAUAAGAGCCGGAACGAGGUUUCAUGCGUACGUACGGCUCAGUGUCAGUGCGUGUGUAUACCUAUGGUGUGUGUGGUUACUGAUGUGUGCUGCGGUGCAUGUUGUGUGGACAGUGGAGUGUUUGGUGUGUCCGCACGUGCGUCUGUCUAUGUUGUUUUCUACGGGACUACAGCGUAUAUAUGUACGUGUUAUGCAGGCUUUCA